CUCACUAACAUGUGUGCCACCCCCAAUUAUUCAAACAUGGCUGCCUCCCACCAAUCUCUCCUUCACAAACCCAACAAAUCCAUUUCCAGGACCAUGUGGCUUCUUCUCUCUCUAGCUGCUCUCGUCAGUUCUGCUCUUUUUGCUUCUUAUCUCUUCACACCCUCCUCCUCCUUCUUCAACCUUUCUCUUCCCCCUUAUCAUCAUCUAUGUGAUCAUGCCCUUCACAGAUCUUCAUGCCUUGCCCACGUCUCUGAAUUAACUAAAGCUUCGACCUUUAACCACCAAAACUCCAAAUUGCUUCAAUCUUUCCUGAUCAGAUCCACCUCACAAAUCCAGAAAACUGUGGACUCAACCAAAGCCAUCAAAUACAGAAUCAACGAUCCAAAACAGCAGCAAGCUCUGCUUGUCUGUGAACAACUUCUGGACUCGUCCCUUGACAGGGUUUGGGACUCUGUGGUGGCUCUCACAGAGAACACCACCAAAUCCUACCAGGAUGCUCACACAUGGCUCAGCACUGUCCUCACUAACCACGUCACUUGCUUGGAUGAGUUAGAAGGAGCGGGCUCCGCUCGAGCCCUUAUCGAGUCUGAGCUCAAUGACUUGGUCUCCAGAGCCAGAACCUCCCUAGCCAUGCUUGUUCAUGUCAUGCCCUCUAACACUGAAACUAUUGAGGAGCCACUGAAUGGAGAAUUUCCCUCAUGGGUGACCAGUAAGGACAGGAAGCUUCUGGAGGCUUCUGCGAAUGAUAUAAAGGCUAACGUUGUGGUGGCCAAGGACGGAAGUGGCAGGUUUAAAACGGUGAAGGAGGCCGUGGAUGCGGCACCUGAUAACAGUAAGACGAGGUAUGUAAUAUAUGUCAAGAAGGGAGUUUAUAAAGAGAAUGUUGAGAUUGGAUCCAAGAAGAAGAAUGUGAUGCUAGUGGGUGAUGGUAAAGAUGAGACGAUCAUAACUGGAAGUUUGAAUUUUGUCGAUGGAACUUCCACCUUCAGGACAGCCACCGUCGCUGCGGUUGGGGAUGGAUUCAUAGGCCAGGACAUAUGGUUCCAGAACACGGCAGGCCCUCAGAAGCACCAAGCGGUGGCUCUCCGCGUCGGCGCUGAUCUCUCCGUCAUCAACCGCUGCCGUGUGGACGCCUUCCAAGACACCCUAUAUGCCCACUCCAACAGGCAAUUCUACCGUGACUCCAUCAUCACAGGCACCGUCGACUUCGUCUUCGGCAACGCGGCCGUGGUGUUCCAGAAAUGCUUCCUAGCGGCUCGAAGGCCAAUGGAUAAACAGAACAACAUGGUCACCGCACAAGGACGCGUAGACCCAAACCAGAACACAGGGACUUCAAUCCAGCAAUGCAACCUUACACCAAGCUCUGAUCUCAAGCCAGUGAUCGGUUCGGUGAAAACCUUUCUGGGUCGUCCAUGGAAGGAGUUCUCUCGAACUGUGGUGAUGCAAUCGUUCCUGAGCACCCACAUUGAUCCAGCAGGAUGGGCUCCAUGGGACGACAAGCAAUCCACACUGAAGAAUCUGUAUUAUGGAGAGUACAAGAACAGAGGACCUGGUGCUGGGACAGCCAAGAGAGUGAAGUGGCCUGGGUUCCAUGUGAUUACAAGUGCUUCUGAGGCAAGCAAAUUCACAGUGGCUCAGCUCAUUCAAGGCGGGACUUGGCUCAAGGACACUGGGGUCGCCUUCACUGAAGGGCUCUAAAGUCCCUGGGUAAGGUAGGUUCUCUGCUUUGGGAUCUUGCGAGAGCUGUAAUAAGCAAGCUUUGGGUGUUCCAUGGCAAGGCAGAUGAGGGACAUUGUAAUAGUUGAAAAUUUCAGUGAUGAUGAAAUGUUAUGUAAUUGCCAUGUGACGAAUUAAAUAUUUCUAAUUAACUUUUCCCCCUUUU